AUGAUGUUAAAAAGUGUUUUUAAAACUUCAUCUUCAUUAUUAAAAUCAAAUACAAUUGGAUUGACAGUUAGAACAUAUGCAGUCUAUUCAAAUGAUAAAUUCAAUUGGGAGGAUCCAUUGAACAUCGAACACUGUCUCUCCGAUCAAGACAAACAGAUUCGUAAUGAAGUAAACAAGUUCUGUCAGGACAAGUUGAUGCCACGUGUCCAAAUGGCCUAUAGAGAGGAGCACUUUGAUCGUGCCAUCAUGAACGAGUUUGGAAGUAUGGGAAUGUUGGGUUCGACCAUUCCAGAGUUUGGUGGUGUCUCUCACGUCGGUUACGGUUUGAUGGCCAACGAAGUCGAAAAGGUCGAUUCCGGAUACCGUUCUGCGAUGUCUGUGCAAUCGUCGUUGGUUAUGCAUCCAAUCUACACAUUCGGUACCGACGCUCAAAAGUCAAAGUACUUGGAGGGUUUGUCCAAGGGUGAGUUGGUCGGUUGCUUCGGUUUGACCGAGCCAAACGCCGGUUCCGAUCCAGCCGGAAUGCAAACUCGUGCUCGUAAGGUAGCCGGUCAAGGUAAAUACAUUUUGAAUGGUACCAAGACUUGGAUUACCAAUUCGCCAAUCGCCGACGUCUUUGUUGUCUGGGCAAAAGUUGACAACGGUGACAUUCGUGGCUUCGUCUUGGAGAAGGGAAUGAAGGGAUUGUCCGCACCAAAGCUCGAGGGUAAACUUUCGUUGCGUGCAUCGAUCACCGGUAUGAUCGUUAUGGAGGACGUCGAGGUGCCAGAGUCUGCCAUGUUCCCAGAGGUCAAGGGUCUGCGUGGACCAUUCUCAUGUCUCAACAAGGCACGUUAUGGAAUUGGUUGGGGUGCAUUGGGUGCAGCUGAAUACUGCUAUGCCACCGCACGUCAAUACGGUUUGGAUCCUUGCCACCAAGUCGGUACACUCAUUGACGCUGGAAUUGGCCACUCCGAACGUAUCUCAUUGAUCAAGAGAAAUUCAUGUGGAAAAUCAUUGGAUAUUGCACGUCAAGCAAGAGACAUGUUGGGUGGAAACGGUAUUGCCGAUGAAUAUCAUGUCAUCCGUCAUGCUGCCAAUCUUGAAACCGUAAAUACCUAUGAAGGUACUCACGAUAUUCAUGCUUUAAUUUUGGGUAGAGCCAUCACUGGUAUUCCAUCUUUCUAA